AUGAAAGAUCACAAGGCAGUCAACGAGUACAACAAGAGAGGAAAUUUCAGAGAGAUCCUGAAGUUGUUCGAGUUGAACGCUCCUUUUUAUAAUGAAGGUGGACUCUCUCAGCUUAUUCCUCUGAGGUCCUCAGACAUGAGAAAUAGUAGUCCAAAAAAAUUCAAAUACUCCUUCCUAUCCAACACGAACCGUCAUCUCAAGUCCAUGACCGAGCAGAAGGGAUAUGGUCUAGCAGAGGUAGAGCAAGAUUCAAAUUCACCAAGAACUUCUGCGACAAAGAAUGGUCGUGAGACUCAGAGGAACUAUCAACAAGUGUUUAGUCCUAAAGCUCUCAAAGAUGGUCUUGAUAAAAUAUGAUACUAUAAUUUAGCCAAGAAAAGACUAUUUUCAUCGCAAACUAAACGUAGAAACCCCAAGCCAAAAAUCCAAAAGAGCAGAAAAGUGCUCAAAACCCAAGCCAAGAGAAGAGAUAGAGCUGCUCUUAACGAAUACUUUGCAAUUCAGAGUCAGAACAGGAUCAGUCCUGAGCCGUCAUCUAAAGGAGAUUGUAGCCAAAAUUUCUUUAAAAAUGGAGAAUCUAAAGAUGAAGUAGAGUUUUUGAAAAUUAAUUCUAAAAAUCUUGAAAUACCAAAAUAGCCUGAACAAAAUAGACCCAUUCACAAGGCUCAAGAACAAGGUCAUACUUAAAAAGAUUCAUAACUCGAUCUACAAGCUCUCAGUCAGGGAUAGGUUAUCUCCAGGGAAGCUAUGGGAAGAUACAGGCAGCAUCGUGUUAGACUCAACAGUUUCCAGAAAUGAUAGAAAAGCAGCUGGCCUUAACCGUAUCCAGAUUCAAGAGCAACAGAUUUAUAACCAAAAUUCACCUGAUACUAAGAUUCUAAUCAGGAACUAUGAAAAUAAGAAGACAAUACCACUUACUUUAAAAAACACUAAUGGGAAAAUAUCCAGGAACAUUUAAUGAACUUUAUGAAACAAGUCCUCAAAAACCCUGAUGCAAAUCUAGGAGAAGAAUUAACACAAGGUCUCAUAAGACAAGGCAGUCCGAAUUAGAGAAAUUCACACAGAGUGUUAAGCUAGAUUUUAAGAAGCCAAGGAUAAAACUUGAGUCUAUCCUUGGAAACAGUGAGACCUCGAGUACUGCUCGUGGCAGGUCAAAGAACUUCUUCUUCACCAGUAAUGAGGAUAUAUUUCAACAUGAAUCUGAAUCGAAAAAUAACCAUAAAGUUACAGAGGAUACUGUGAGCCAAUCUGAGCUUAUGACCAGUCCUAAAUUCAAAAGAAUUAACGGAACUUUAAAGCUUAUUAAUGAGAAAGAGCCUCAACCUAAUACCCAAAAGUCCAUCUGUGAGAAGUGCUAUAAGGUAUACAAAAUGUUCUGCAGCCAAUAGUCCUUCUCCUAAAAAUAACUCAGCUAGGAGGUUCAAUUCC